GUCAGGGCGAGUGUCUCCAACUGCGCUGUUCACUGGGCAAGACAUUCAAGAAUGGAACUUGUACUUCCAUAUUUCCAGAGAUUAAAGGUUUGGUGUACCGAUUGAGGGCACUACUUAAAGUUACUCACAGAAACUACGAGACAACUAACGAAAUUUUAGAAUUGGUCAAAAGACAGGUCAAUGAAACUUUCAAGACUAUCAGUGAUGGCUACUCUUAUCAACUUGAUGUUGUCCAAGAAGUCAACGGACAUCACAGUGACAAUACAACUCACUUUGUACGGGCUGACAUUUUUAUUUUAGCGUCAAGUUUAUUGACAAGAGAUUCUUUUGAGAACAUUGCGGUAGACCUUUUCUUUGGAAGCACAUUUGAAGAAGAAGGUAAUACGUUUUGGUAUUACAAUGUUUUAACGGAAGAUCUUUACAACAACUUGAGUUUCACGUCGUUGUCUAAACGUGUGACUGUUCUAUUUGAUACUACCUACAGUAAAUCUUUCACUAUUGAUCCUCUUAAAAGUAUCAUUUUGUCCUCAACUCUGACUUGUAGUUUUCUUACAUUUCAACAAACAAAUUUUACUGUAAAGUGGAAUAUAUCAAAUAUAAGAGAAAGUGUCAAUGUGACUCUAGAUGUUGGUGGAACAAAGCUAACUAUCUCCAACAUGUCUGAUAUAAAUAGCAUGCUACUGACCGGAAACAGUGAACUAAACAUUUGUAUAGACAUCUUAGAUAAAUAUGUCAACAAGACCAGAUCAAGUAGUACAAAUAGACCUAUGGACGGAGUUUUAUACGUAUGUGGAAAUGUUUUAACCUAUAUAUGUUUAAGUGCAUCAGAGUUGUGUCUCUUCAUAACUUUGAUUACUUACCUUGUUUUUGCUGAGUUGAGAACUGUUCCAGGUAUAAACAAUAUUUUCCUCACUUUGAGUCUUUUGCUUGCACAGUUGGCAUUGAUUAUGGCUUCAAAUGUCCCUACGCCCAGUGCCCUGUGUACAUAUACUGGUAUUAUAACACAUUUCUUGUGGUUGUGGCACUUCGCUUGGAGUUUCCUGUGCAGUCUUCACAUGUUUCGAGUUUUUACUGCCAAAACUCGAAUAUUUUUAGGGAGAAACUCUAACGUCUGUAGUCACGUAAUCAAGGUCAUGACAUUCUCAUUGUGUGUAUCAGUCUCAGUAGUGGCUCUAGUGAUAGUUUCUUCUCAUUUGACGUCACACACCAUUGGUUACGGAAAGAAAACUUGUUAUCUGGACUCAGCAUUUCUCAUUGGUGUCGCAAUGGUUGCUCCACUAUCUUUGGUUUUCAUGUGUAACUUGACAUUUCUGGUGAUAACAGUUGUCAGCAUACACAGGGUCAAUACACUCCUGACAUUUGAUGCCAUGAAAAAAGAACAAUACCAGAAUCUUAUUCUCUACGUCAAGUUGUCAUCUGUGACAAGUGUGUACUGGAUUGCAACCAUUGUAGCUGAGGCUGUAGACAGUGAUGUUUUGAGAAUCAUCUCAAUCUUACUGAACGGACUUCAAGGUGUCUCAAUAUUUAUCUCUUACACUUGUAACAAGAAAGUCUACCAACUGUAUUUCAAGACGCCAUUAUUGCAGGAUUCUUCUUUAUCCUAAUUAAUGACAAUGAAACAUUUUCCUGUACAAACUGUAGUCUCUCUUUGUUCCUAUCUUUACAAAGCUUAUAUCGAUUAACUCAGUCUGUCUGUCUGUCUGAUAAAUAGUUUGUACACGCUGUUUCUCCUACACCUUAUCUCGGAUCAAGCUGAAAUUUCGAACAAUUUCUUGUACCUAACAAAAUAAGAACCAAUUUAAACAAGAUUACAAAGAGGCUGCCCCCGUCGAAGUCGGAUCCCUGUCGGAUCUGUAUAUUCGCAAAUAAUAUUCAAGAGGUGAUUUAAUUUUGAUGGUCAAAAGUAAAAAUGUUUCAAAGAUUCAUUUGCCGUAAAUUUAAAUUUAAAUUAAAUAAAAAAUAGUAGAUUAGUUUUAGUAUAUUAUAACAUUGCAAUAUUGAUCAAAACGUUUGGAAAUGAAAAUCUACACUUUUUUUACACUUAAAGUUUAGAAAUUGAAAUUCUACAUCUUAAUCUAGUAUAUUUUAGUCUAAACUAGAUCUAGAAAUUCUAGAUCUAGACUCUAAAAUAAUUUUAAUUAGAAUAUAAAUCCAGAUCUAGAUAUACUGUAAUAAAAAUCUAGAUCUAGUUUUAAAAAUCUAGAUUAGAUCUAAAUCAAGAUAUCAUUCCAUUUUUAAACGCGAGUCACAUAACGAUGCUUAAUAAACAUUACUAUACCGAGUUCUUUUAGCAUUUUAUAUGAAGAAUUAAUUCCAUAUAACGUCAGUAGGAAAAAAAUACACUACGUCACACGGCCAAGCUAGAAUAAAAAUCGCCUUCAUCAUUACGAGCCAUUUAUCGAGUGUUCAUCAUCAUCAUAUCAUCAAACUCCAUUAGAGUGAGGGCUUGAGAGGCUCAAAUCCUCUCUUGCAAAAUCCCUGGACUGAAACCCUGCUGUCUUGCGUAGUGCAUAAAUGUCGCCAUACAGGUCGAGAAUUUUGGGUUUCCCAGACCUGUCGAGACGGAGAUCAGCAAGUCUGGGGCUGUCAAACAGAAUAUGAGGCACGUUUCCUCUUCUUCCCCGCAGCGGGGGCACCGUGAAUCAAAAUUUGACCAUAGCCGCGAAAAAUAUGAGCCAACAGGACAGUGGCUUGUCCUGCACUGUGCUAUAAUAGCUUGCAUCGAGUGUUCAUAGACAUUGGUGCACCGAGUGCGUUCUUUUAGCAUUUCUUUUAAAGAAUUCAUUCCAUAUGACGUCAAAAUAAAAAAAACACUACGUCACACGGCCUAGCUAGACUAAAAAUAACCUUCAUCAAUACGAGCCAUUUAUCGAGUGUUAUCGAGUGUUCAUAGACAUUGGUGCACCGAGUGCGUUCUUUUAACAUUUUAUUUAAAGAAUUCAUUCCAUAUGACAUCAAAGAAAAAAAAAACACUACGUCACACGGCCUAGCUAGACUAAAAAUCACUUUCAUCAAUACGAGCCAUUUAUCGAGUGUUCCUAGAUAUUGGUGCACCGAGUGCGAUCUUUUAACAUUUCAUUUAAAGAAUUCAUUCCAUAUGACGUCAAAGGAAAAAAAACACAACGUCACACGGCUUAGUUAGACUAAAAUAUGUUUUCAUCAAUACGAGCAAUUUUUCGAGGGUUAAUAGACAUUGGUGCACAGAGUGCUUUCUUUUAGCAUUACAUUUAAAGAGUCCAUUCAUAUGACGUCAAAGAAAAAAAAUUCCAUUACCUCACAAUAGGCUAGUACCGGUACCAUAAAAAAAUGUCUUUAUUUACACGAGAUAUUUAACGAGGGUUCAUAGACAUUGGUGCACUUAUUUCUAAAAGAAUUUAUUUAAAGAGGAUCAAAGCCGCAUUGUUUUUGCGUUUUGUCUGGCAGUCGUUCUGUCCGUCAUCUUGAUAUAAAAUAAACA